GGACCAUGACGAUGUUAUGGACAAUAUGGCGCCGGGAGUAGAUUUAGCUUGUGAACCUGGCGUUGUCUAAAAGUCCGGCGAUCCGACAGGAUGAACCUCUGCGCCCAAUACUUACGGCAGGCAGAGACUCUGAAGUCUGACAUGACAGAUUCAAAGCUUGGUGCGGCGGAGGUCUGGACAUCACGACAGGCUCUUCAGGAUUUAUACCAGAAGAUGCUGGUUACCGACCUGGAGUAUGCUCUGGACAAGAAAGUGGAACAAGAUCUCUGGAAUCAUGCUUUUAAGAAUCAAAUAACAACACUACAGAGUCAAGCUAAGAACAGGGCCAACCCCAAUAGAAGUGAAGUACAGGCCAAUCUCUCCCUGUUUCUUGAGGCAGCUAGUGGAUUUUACACACAAUUAUUGCAGGAGCUGUGCACUGUGUUUAAUGUGGACUUGCCUUGCCGUGUGAAAUCAUCUCAGCUUGGGAUCAUCAGCAAUAAACAGAGCAGCACCAGUGCCAUAGUGAAGCCCCAGCCCAGCUCCUGUUCCUACAUCUGCCAGCACUGUCUCGUCCAUCUUGGAGAUAUUGCACGUUAUCGAAACCAAACCAGCCAAGCUGAGUCAUACUACAGACAUGCAGCUCAACUUGUUCCCUCAAAUGGUCAACCUUACAAUCAACUGGCUAUACUGGCCUCCUCUAAAGGAGACCACCUCACAACAAUCUUCUACUACUGCAGGAGCAUUGCUGUCAAAUUUCCUUUUCCUGCUGCCUCUACCAAUCUACAGAAGGCUCUUUCCAAAGCUCUUGAGAGCCGUGAUGAGGUCAAAACAAAAUGGAGCGUAUCUGAUUUCAUUAAGGCCUUCAUCAAGUUCCACGGCCAUGUUUAUCUCUGCAAAAGCCUGGACAAACUCAAUACCCUUAGAGAGAAACUUGAGGAGCAGUUCCAGAGACUGAUUCUCCAGAAAGCCUUCAGCUCCCAGCAGCUGGUCCACAUCACGGUUAUAAACCUGUUUGAACUGCACCACCUCAGAGACUUCAGCAAUGAGGCAGAUGAGCACAGCUACAGCUCGGAUGAGCAGAUCAGCUGGAUCCAACUGCUUGGCCUCUUCAUGUCUUUCCUGGGUGUGAUGUUAAGCCGAGCAUUACUCAAUAAGAACCGUGAGGAGAUCAUGGGGGAGUGCCCCCUUCCUGCCAUCAAAGUGUCCCUGGACUGGCUAAGGCUUCGACCCAGUGUGUUUAAUGAAAGUGCUGUGGACAAGCGUCAGUACAUCUGGCCAUGGCUGGUGUCCAUCCUGAACUGCUUUCAGCCCAAAGAAGAGGAUGUAUCAAAUGUAUCAGUGAUUCCACUUCCUGAGGAGUAUGAGCUUCAAGGCUUUCUGGCCCUCCGGCCUGCUUUACGGAUGCUAGACUUUUCUCAAGGGCACCAGGGUGUCAUUGUUGGCAAAGAGAGCCUAUUAGUUCAUGCCAGACACCAGAGACUCAUUAGCCUGGGCAAGUGGGUGGCUGACAACCAACCUCGGUUGAUCCAAUGUCGCAUUAGCGAUGGGUUUGUGCUCUUCGUCACGGAUAUUCCAGAGAUGGUGGUGGAAGAGCCACAGGAAAAGGACACACCUGUCCUCCAGGAGUCAUCUAACGGUGAGCAGACACCUAAUGACAGCACCCAGGGCUUGAAGUCAGUCCUGUCUGCCGGAAAGAACCAGAACAGCGGCCUGGAUUGCAGCGAAAGACCUGUGGUAACCUUCAAAGAGAACAUCAAACCACGUGAGCAGAGCAGAGAACAGAACCGAAACCAGCACCAGAGAGAUGGUGGGAAGGACAGAGCUGUAUUUAAUAAAGGAAAUGGAAUACAAGGGAAGAAUGAGCAGAAGAAAGAAGGAAAGAGGAAGAGUGAGGUGAAGAAGAACAGUCACGAUAAAGCAACAGAUGCGGGAAAACAGGUGAAGACUCAAAAUGAGAUGAGGAAGACUCCAGUGUCUGAAGCAAGGAAGACUCCGGUCACACAGACUCAAACCACAUGCUCUUCUCAGUUUAUCCCCAUACACCACCCAGGAGCUUUCCCCCCUCUGCCCAGCAGACCAGGUUUCCCCCCACCCGCAUAUGUGAUUCCUCCUCCUGUGGCGUUCUCCAUGAGCCCAGGCUUUACCUUCCCCACAGGUGUAUCCGUACCUGCACCCUUUCUUCAGACCGCCUCACACCCUCAGUCUGCUAAUCAGAUUCAGCCUGGGAAACCCUCACACAUUCCCUACAGCCAGCAGAGGCCCUCUGGACCAGGGGCCCUAAACCAAGGCCCUCCUCAACCUCAACAGACACAGCCUCCCCCUCCACAGCCAUCUCAGCAGGCCUUGCAACAGUCUGUGCAGCUUCAAGUGCAGCAGCAGCAAUCGCCCAAUAAACAGAGCUCUCAGCUCAGCAAGAGUCCGCCACAUCAUCACGGCAUACAGCAGCCUUACAUGCAGGUGCCUGAACAGGCUGGUCAAAUAUGGAGCCAGCACCAAACUCAGCCCACCAUGCAGAAAAUGCCCAUGCAGCUGCCAGUCAAACAGCCUUUCUUCAUGCCCACCCAGGACCCAAUGAAGCUCUUCGAACACCCCAUGAGCAUGCAGCCCCCUCAACCCAGCAUGGACAAGAAGAUGAAGUUUCCAGAGGUGAAAGUGCAGGAUUUCUACUGGGAGCCUUCGUACCACAUUGGAGGAGAGGGCAGGGGUGGAAUGGGGGACAGAAUGGGCAAACGACAGCCUGGAGUCUUCUGCCCCGACCAGGAUAACAUGCCCAGAGGCUCUCCAUAUGAAGACAACAAGAGCUCCCCUCUUCUGCCCCCAGACCUGUUAAAGACUCUGGCGGACUUUGAGGAGGAGGAGGAGCUGCUCUUUACUAAACCUCAUGAUUUCUACCAGGCCUUGGCUGGUCCUCUUAGCUCUGCUCCUGGAAGGAACAUCUUUUUGCCAAAUCAGUCAAGGCUGGACAGUGGUGGUGAUGUGAUCGGUCAGUCCUCUCUUCUCCCACGAUUUUCCAUUCAGGAGAGCUACCAGAACAACAGCAUUUUUAGUGAGGCCUAUGGUAAAAAUAUGGCACCAGGGUCUAAACAAGAUACACCCAUGAUGCACCAGGAGCCCUCCCUCUACUCCUUGUUUGAAGGAACUCCAUGGUCCCCUUCCUUGCCUGCUAGCUCAGAUCACUCGACACCAGCCAGCCAGUCCCCUCACUCUUCAAACCCCAGCAGCCUGCCUUCGUCCCCUCCCACCCACAGCCAUAGCUCCCUGCCCUUCUCCAACUUCGGACCCAUUGGGACACCCGACAGCAGAGACCGCAGAGGAACUGACCGCUGGAAGGCAGAAAAGACGGGUAAUAUUGGUGUGAGUGGCUUUGGGUUUGACUACCUACCUUCUGCUUCAUCCUCCUCUGUGCCAGAGAACAACAGCUGGCACCAGGGGGCACCAACCAGCAGCUGGGGAGCCCAGGACAUGCCAAUGGAAGACUCCUCUUCUGUCCUCCUUGAUAGUUUCAAGUCGAUCUGGUCGAGCUCUAUGAUGCAGCCUGGCCCGUCUGCGCUGGAGCAGCUCCUGAUGCAACAGAAACAGAAGCAACAGCGCGGCCACAGCAACAUGAACCCACCACACUGAGAGUCCAUGGGGGAAAAGCACUUGUGUGAAACAUGAUUCAACAGAAGAGGUGAAAACACCACAAGCUCCAAUCGGAAAUUUCCGGCAUUACCUGCGUGCGGAGGCUGGAGACGGCAAACGAUGUGAAGCGACAGGCUCAAAACGAACCGCUUGCCUGACCGACGAGGGACGUGCUGCCCUCUCCUCUUUCUCUCUUACUCACUCUGUCUCUCUCCCUGUGCCUCUACGGCAACGAGGGCGUGCAAGCACCUGAUCUGCCACGCUGCUCAGCACGUAGCCGCUGCAGAACACUGACUCUUGAGGAAAACUUUCAGAGACUUUCUCUCUGAUUGCCACCUCUGGUAGUCCAAUAAAAGGUCAUUCCCCCGUCUCAUCCGGACUCCCUGAUUUAAGACUCUGGAUUAGACUGCCUCAUGCCACCUGCUUGAAUCACUCUGUGUGACUGACACACCUCACAUGGAGGAGGUGUUUGUGUGAGCUUGUGUGUGUCAGAAAGGGAUGUUUAUUGAUGGGCAGAAGUGGAAAAUGAGGGACAAAAGGAAAGACGGACUGCUUUUGUGUUUUUUUUCGAAGUCUGGAUUCAUUCUCUCGGAGGAGGGAUUCGUGUCGCUGUGUUUAGAUGGAAAAAAAAUACAAGUAAAAAGAUGGAUGAAUGAAGAGUGAUGCAGUCAGUGUGAACGUGUGCUUCUAAAGAAUGCACAUGGAUCUUAGACCUUAGAUUGAUUGACUCGGGCAUGGACCAUGGUGUUGUCAUGUAUAGUCUGUUGAUUUGUAAGAUGUGUUUGGAGAACGGGAUGGGGAAAGUCUGGGGGCGCUGCCUCUCGCAUUCAAACUAUUAUGAAGCUCAUAGUAACUUUUAUAGCUCAAUCAGUAUCAGAGCUGGGGGUUCGACUAUAGAUGUAGGAUGUAGUAUCAUUAGCUGCAAUAGAGACUGCAAUUAUUAACAGUACUGUAUUUUGUGACUUGUUCUGUAGCAGUUUUAGCUCUCUGAAAUAUUAUUCAGUAAAUAUGUUCAAUAUUUUACUGCUAACGGGGGAGUUAAUUGAAUAUGAAUAUGUGUCUCCCCCUCUUGUCCUCUCCUCUUUGUUUCUUUGAGCAAAUCUUUACUCUGGCUUACAUGCAUAACGGCUUCUUUUGUUAAUGUUCUGCCUUUUUAAUAGUUUUAAGCUUUAUCAGCUCUCUUUGUGCCUGGUCUGUGUUUUCUCUUAUUCCUUUUGUUGUGUUUUUCUCCUGUUUUGUCGGUUUUAAGAAUUGUUAGCAUCACUAUCAUGGCUAGGCAAAACUAGGCAAAUGGGUCCAGUUGCAAUGCUGUUUAGGUCAGCAGAAAGGGAUGCAAGCCAGGGGAAAACCUUUUUCCUACAGCAGCCUCACAGCCAAUUUACUAUCUCUACAGCCACUGUACACAGAUCAGUUCAGAAGCCUCUGAAAGAGAAGUCCCAAUAGCUGCUGACUGUGCUUAGACUGAAGAAAGCCCUCUGAUAGGACUGUAGAACAGUAAACAAGCAAGUUGCGCUAGCUUCAGAAAUAGUCUCUGAACGUGCAGAAAUGUUCUUGUAACCUAAUUUGUUGGUUUCCUCAGGUUAGUGUUGUGUUACCCUGUUUUAAUAGGGGCCCUGGCUUUGCUAGUGCUUAAGUGAUUGUGUGAUGGAAAAUGGUCACAUCAUCAUGGAUGCUCUUGGAGUCUGCCCCCAAAAUUCAAUAUUGUUUUGAAACCGAAGGGUUCUAAAAUACUCUUUACACUGAUUUUCAGUAGAGGAUAUAGCACUGAAUAGGCCUUUCAAGGAUCUCUGCAUGAUCUUGUAUGGGUGCCACUGUUUGUUAGAGAUGUUCUGGGGCCAGGGGUUCAUGUUGGAUAGGCUUAAAGAUUUAUAAAAAAAAUGUCUACAUUGGUUAUUUCUUCCUGGUUAAACCACAAAGGCAUUUUUGUUCAGUGACGGUUAUAUGAAAGACAUAAUCUCUUGUAUGAUGAGAAUAAAGCGUGUUUUUAUUUUUGAGUAGAGAACAUUUUAUUGAAGACAAACUUAAAAUGAAGUGUCUAUUUGCAGUGUGAUUGUGCUUCUCUUGUUGCAUUUAAAAUUGUAUUAAAAUAGAGGAAUGAAUAAAUGAAUAAAAGGAAUCUAGAAAUUGAUUAAAGUCAAAGUAUCAUUUGAAAAAACUGCAAAGCAAGGUUUCAAUGUGAGCUGUGUGCCCCUUUUGUUCAUCUUUUUAUCCUUUGUUCAACAAGGAGUUCCAGAAUCUUUGCUCUGAUUGCUGUGAACAUCUUACAUUCUUUUAUUUUGGAUGGACUUGUGGUGCACAGUCUUGUGUGAAUGUUCUUUCUUUGGGCACCUUGUAUCUCACUGCAUUGUAAAUGUGGAUUUCCCUGUUGUCCAGUAUCCAUCUUUUAACUGUGGCUUCUGUAGUGAUGUACAUUACAAUGCUGAUGACAAUGACAACAGCCUUGCGCCUUUGGGCCAUCAUAUAACAUUCCAAUGGUAAAGCUAAAGAAAAAACAAAAAAAUAACAGCCAGCUUUUGACAGCAACUGCACAGGUAAAUUUACUACUAAGCAAAUUUGUCUCAACCCUUAAUUAAUUCUGCCACUUCUGCAAUUCUGCAUGAAAUACAUCUUUCAGAAUGCCUUGUAUUUUUGAUGGAGGAGAUAUCCAGUCAUGUUUUUUUGGAUGAUUUUGUCUGGGAAUAGUUGGGGGUGAGGAUAUCUCCUUCUAUAAUGGGCUUGAUUUAUUGUGUUCUUGUCUCUUUGUGGACACUUAUAAACCCUGAAAACAGCUUUGCCUUUAAUUAAAUAAACCAUGUCCUCGAA